AAGUUAUGUAAAGGAGAGCCGAGAUGGUAAUGCUUGUGACCGAGGCCGGGCGCGGGGCGAGGCGGUAGUGCAGUAUGGCCGGCCAGGUGGUGGCGGCGGGGGAUAUAGACGUCGACUUCCUUCCCAUCAUUUACCAGUAUCUCCGGUGCUUGGAGAAGGAGCAGCCUGACUUGGGCAGGGUAUCCCAGGAGUCUAGUCUGAAGGUGCUGGAACUGCAGCGCAAAAUUCAGACAGCACGAGAGCAGGUGCGCAAGUUGCCAGGAGUAGAGUAUAGCCGUGAGGAGCAGCUGCGUCGCCUGGAAGCCUUAAGGAAGCAGCUGGCUCUCAAGAAACACCUCCUCCUCAAGUAUAAAGCAAAGAGUGAGGGGCCACACUAAGGAGACAAACCCUAACUCUGUGCAUGCAAAGGCACGUGCUAUUUGGCAAUGGUGCUGCGUUACUUGCUGCACCGACUCAUCAAUAACCCACAACUGAUAGAAAAGCUGUCCGAGUCUUAUCCCAUUCGCCGGGCUGCACAACUUACUGCAUACGUUCUACAGCAGGGUAAAGAGUCCAUCAAGGAAGCAGUAGAGUCUGAGGCCAGGAAGAAGGUGGACCAGUUUAGCCAAACCUUCACUCAGGAGCUCAAGGAAGGAUUCAGGAAGAUUCAGGAUCAGCAGAAGCAACAAAAGUAAGCCUGUUGGUUUGAGUGAAUUCUUGUAGAUCCUCAGCUUCAGCUUCCAUACUUUUCUCCCCACUUCAUAACAUCAUGCCUGGAGAAACCUCCGCUAAGGACAGUACCCAAGGAGGAGAAAAGAAGCCAAAAUGCAAGGCAUGCUGUGCCUGUCCAGAGACCAAACGUGUGCGGGAUGCUUGCAUUGUGGAAAAUGGUGCCGAGAAUUGCCAGAAGGAGAUUGAGGACCACAAGAAGUGCAUGAAGGAGAUGGGUUUUGAUAUUUAGUGUUGCAGGACAGCAGUGUAAUACACAUGGGACAUAAUCAGCAAGUUCACUUGUCUUUUUUUUUUGUUUUAAAGAAUGAGGUUAGUUUAGUACCCAUUGAGUGAUUGCUGUUGGUAUAAGUCUACAAUCACCAUAAUGACAACAACAUCACAGAAGCACACCUUGUUUGUAGCAGAACCAAUGGGCGACAAGCCCGUCACAGAGUUAGCUGGUAUAGGAGAGGUGUUGGGCAAGCGGUUGGAGAACAGAGGAUUUGACAAAGCUUAUGUGGUCUUGGGUCAGUUCCUGGUACUUAAGAAGAACAGGGAGCUGUUUUUGGAGUGGCUUUCAGACAUGGUAGCUGCUAACUCCAAUCAGGCAUCUGAGUGUUACCAGUGUCUGGCUGAUUGGUGCAGUGAGUUCCUGUAGACUUAUUGUCUUAGCUAAGGUGAAGUCCAGCCAUCAUUACAUUGCUUAAAGAGAUAUCUUCUUUAGUCAUGGCACUCAGAAACCAUUCAGCAGUGACUGUUGACUCUACAGACUCUGACCAAGAUCCUCUAUUGUUAGAACACAGUCCUGCUUCCCACUCACCUACCAACACACAGUCAUCUUUAAGGAGAGUCAUUUUGGUUCGUGGUGUGCCUCAGCGAAUCCUCUUGUCCCUGGUGCCACCACUAGUUUAUCCAGAGUACCAGCAAGUGUACUCUGACCUCAGAGGACCUUUGCUUGUGGUAACCACUCUUGCCACCAUUAUUCUGUUUGGCCUACAUAAUCCAGGACAGGCACUGGCAUGGGAGCUGCUAACCACAACAAAGCUAAGUCUGGGUUACUGGCUGGGAUUUUCCUUGCUGGCAUUCUUGUUGGGCCACUGUUUUGGGACCACCUUGAGUCUGCCCCAGCUUGCCUCAUUGGCUGGAUACAGCUUGACAGGCCAUUGCCUGGUGCUCCUUGGAGCUGAGUUGCUGCACCAGGAGGAGAGCCACACAGUGUUCUUCCUGCUGACCACUCUGUUUGGAGGCCUUGCCACUGGCCGCCUGGUAUUAUUGGUGCUGGCCCGCACACCUCAGCCCCCACACAGGUUGCUGAUGGGCUCCUCUCUUGCAUCCAUACACCUCAUGCACCUCAUAUACAUCCAUUUUGCUUGCAUGAGGAGGAAGUUUGAAUUGUGAAAAGUGAAGAUAUUACAGAAAGACUAGACUUUGUAGUAUGGAAUGGUGCAGGAUAAUAUCCUUUGCUGCCCAACUCAUUCAUUGUUACUACAACUCCAAAGUUCAAAAUGAUAUCUUUGUAUUUUAAACAUAUCAUCUUUUAUCCCAUCUGUUGUUUUACUGUAAAAUUUUUAACAUAACUCAAUUUGUUACUGUAUUUCAUCACAAUUGCAAUGCUGCUGAUCAAAGCCUGUUGUAAAUAUGUAACUGAUCAUCAUUAAAAAGGAAAACUAUAUAUAUUAUGUUCUUUACCAGUAUUAGUUAUAUUAUGCCUUUAUUCAUUCCAAGUCAUACACACAAAUUGCAUUUUUCAUCAUAAGAUUUCCAAUGUUCAUUGUGCCAUGCCAAAAGAUCAAACUAGUUUUGGUAGUAAUAGAUAUCAUGUACACAUAGAUAAAUUGCAUACAAAAUUGUUAUAAACCAGUCAGAUUGACCUGAUCUGGUAUGAAUUUGUAUUGGCAAGCUUAGGCAAAAAGAAAUAAUGUAAUAAGAAAGGUUGAAUAGGAGUAAAAAUAGACUUGCCAUGCUAAGGUCUUUAUGGUGUUGCAAGGAUCAGGUAUUGAACUAAGAGUGAGAAGGAAAGUUUGUAGAUAUCCUCUGUAUGAAAGAUGUAGAAAUAUGGAAUACCUUGUUUUGUAGUGUACAAAUUGUAAAGUUCAUAUUUUAUCAUUCUACUGACCAUCCCAUAGCUGUGCAAGGGUCAGUUGUGCAUUGUUAUCUUGAUGCGAAGAUACCCAGUUAAGCUGCAAAAAUUACCCUUACUCUGUGUGAUCAGAGUGGAUCAAUCCCAUUUCCCUGAGAUGCCCUAAGGCUAAGAUGUGAGGAAAUGCUUGUGUAUGUGAUUAUGAAUGUGAAUGUGGAUAUGUGGACAUACAUAUGCACGUAAACACCUGGUCUUGACUACCCUUUGUAAGGGAUGUCAACCUGAUAUUUAGAUAGACUAUCGUAUUGAAUUACACAAUGAUGUGCAAACAAAUAAAACUUGGGUUGUUUUAUGUUCAUAGUGGAAUAGAAUUUUAACCAAGAGAACAGCACAGUAGUAUGUAUCUUACACUCCUUUAAGUUAUGGGACAAAUUUAGGGAAAAUAUGAAUUGACGCUCUAUUAUGAAAAAUCCAAGUAGAAACCUCAUUUGUUUUAAGAAAUAUCAUGUUGGCAUAUUAUUUUACAUUUCAAUUAAGGAUUGCAACUUUGCAAUGACAUUACUGUUAAAUGUAAAUGUAUCUUGAGUGGAAUACAUUGGCAUUAGAUAUAUCUUGACUGCUUAUUUGUGACUGACAAAGAUUUUAGAAAUGAUAAAACCAUCAUAGACAGGAUGGAUUUAGUACAUUAGCUGUGAAGCUUUAAACACAAGAUUCCCAUGCCUCAGUUCUUGGUAGGUGUAAACAGUAAGCAUGCCCUGUAUGGUAAUCUCAUUUCAUGUAUUGUGUGAUCUUUGGGAAAAUAUAAGUUUGACUUCAA